UUCGUCACAGUAAUCCGAUUGGGCUAAAUGCUUCCUCAAAAUGGGCUUUGAACUUCACACGAUAUACAGAAAUAGAAGACACAGCCGGUGGAAGUAUGCUAACUGGGAGAGCCUCAAUUCAAUUAUUAAAUUAAAGCAUGCACACUAAGCUACUUAUCUAGCUUAUUCACGAGCUCGCUUGGGUAGCCAGUGAUAUCACCAACAGCACUUCGCUAACUGUUCUAUAUCAAGAGGAGACUAGAUCGGGCUAGCAAUUCAACUAGCAGAUAGCUAACGUUACAGAUGCAGCCAUCAAACUACAGGUGGAAACUGAUAGCUAGCUAAAUUAUUCGGCUAGCUUGAAGCAUUGCAAGAUUGCACCAAGCCAGACCUUUGAAUUGGCUAGCCCCUUGUGCUACGAAGAAGAAAUACAGGCUCACUGACCGCUAGCAAUCUUUUGAUUAAUUCAAAGACUGAGGGAAUGGACUUUACAUUGGACUUUGCGGCAGGAUGCAUAGGAGGUGCUGCAGGUGUUUUGGUUGGCCAUCCUUUUGAUACUGUAAAGGUACGACUCCAAGUUCAGAGUGUGGACAGACCUCUGUACCGCGGCACGUAUCACUGCUUCCAGUCUAUCGUACGACAAGAGUCGAUGACAGGGCUCUACAAAGGCAUCGGCUCCCCCAUGAUGGGCCUGACCUUCAUCAACGCCAUCGUGUUCGGUGUCCAGGGCAACGCCAUGCGCAGGCUGGGCCAUGACACACCGCUCAACCAGUUCCUGGCUGGGGCAUCGGCGGGGGCAUUGCAGAGCAUCAUUUGCUGCCCUAUGGAGCUGGCCAAGACACGGAUGCAGCUGCAGGGCUUGGGCGAGAGGAAGUCCAAGCAGAAGUUGUACAAGAACUCACUGGACUGCCUGGUGCGCAUCUACCGGAAGGAGGGCUUCUACGGAAUCAACCGGGGAAUGGUGACCACGCUGGUCCGUGAGACGCCGGGCUUUGGGAUCUACUUCUUGACCUACGAUGUCCUGACACGCCACUUGGGCUGCGAGCCCGACGACCCCUACAUGAUCCUCAAGUUGCUGUUUGCCGGCGGCAUGUCGGGCAUCGCCUCGUGGAUCUCCACCUACCCCGUGGACGUCAUAAAAUCCCGGCUCCAGGCGGACGGCGUGGGUGGCCACAACAAGUACAACGGCAUUGCAGACUGCAUGCGUCAGAGCAUGAAGCGGGAGGGCUGGCGGGUGUUCACGCGUGGCCUCACCUCCACACUGCUUCGGGCAUUCCCAGUCAAUGCCACAACCUUUGCCACCGUGACUCUGUUCCUCAUGUACAUGCGGAACGACGAGGGCGGCAUCACAGACUGCGAGCCCCUACCCGCCCACUCCUCACUCACUGCGAGCCCACAACAGGCCCAGCCUUCAAGCCUGUGACCUGGGGAAGAUGGUGCUUCUGCUCUGGUGACCCUGACUGGAGUGGAGGUGGUCCCACAGUGCACCAGUUAAGCUGCUGAGACCUGAGUGACUUGACCACUCAACAAAGGAUAUUUUUAUACAAUGUAUUUUAAGAUUGGAAAACUUCGGUUGUAAAUAUUUACGUGUCCCUUUUUGACCCUUGGUUUUCUACAGAGCAGCCCUUUUUUUCUCAUUGUUUUUUUUUUUGGGGUGAAUUAAUUCAUCACUGGUGGAAGAAAGCAAUCCCACUGAAAAAGUACUCAUUACUGAACUGGUCAUCCUGGUUACAAACAAAACAGCCGUAUACAUGUGUUUAUGCACAGCUUAGUAUAUUUAUAUUGCAGGGUUGGAGUAACGGAUUACAUGUAACAAAACAAACUAAUCUGUUACCAGCAAAAUUAUUGUAAUCAGAUUUGAUACUUUUGAAUUCAGAAAGGAUGUUUAGGGCCGGGGAAAUCGGACUCCUUUCCAUUUUCUCCUGACAUUCAAAUCAGCAAGUUUAAAGGGAUACUUAAAGAUUUGAUCUACUUCCCCAGAACUCAUGGAUACCAUUCUUAUUUCCGUGUCCAGUAUGAAGGAAGUUGGGAGGUAGUUUCGCUAGCCAGUGACUGGAAGUCUAUGGGUAUCUGCUAGCAGAUGCCUAUAGGCUUUGUCAUUAAAAUGCAACAUCCAUUAUGGCCAGCCCUUAACAUUGAUUUAUCCUGCAAUAGAUGUCAUUCAAUUGGUAAUAUUAAUUUGUCUUCUAAUCAUCUUAAGGGGAAAAGUAACAAAGUAAAGUUUGAGGAAUCCAAAAGUUACGUGACUGAUUUAGAAUUUCACAUGAAAACUAGUAAUUAGCGGAUUAACCUACCCAACCCUGCUUAUAUGUACAUAUGCUGUACUGUAUACACCAAGUGAAGCUUUCCGAUGAAAAGACUAACUCUGGAGUCCUAUUUUCGAGUACAUAGUUUGGGGUCCGUUCACAUUGCUUGCAGGGAAAAAACUAUGCCAGAAAGGAAGCCAUUUCAUUCGUUCUAAUCAAUGAUUCUGCUGGCUAGGACCAAUGAAAUGACUUCCUUGCAUAGAUUUUUAUGGCGAGCAGUGUGAACGGAGCCUUAGGCCCACGGGUGAAGAUUAUCUUGAGUAACCAUUUUGGAAAGCCAUUGGACAUUAGAGUUGGGUGUGACGUCUGCACAAACUGGUUCCUGAUUUACACAACUCUUGGUUAUUUUUGAUAAUCCUAAUUUAAACACUCAGGGGCAUCAAGUCAAUCAUGUCCCAGACCUUGUAAAGGUGGCACCUUAUUGUUUUAUUUUACUGAAACACUUGGCAUUAACAAAUAUGCUGAAAUUAUUGCAGUGUUAAGUAUGAAAUGGCACAGCGAAAUAAGUUAAUUGUUUUGAUUCAGGACAAAAGUUUUUUUUUUUUUACAGUAGCAUUAUAUUGUAUUUGAGGCAGCACAGUCCCUAGAAAAUGUAGCGAAUUAAAUCAACAGCCUGAUUGUUACACACCAACUUAAUAUUGAAUGAUGUACAUGUCAUGAUUUGAGAAAUGAUCCUACAAGUAUGAUAUGUAUGUAAACACAUAUUAAGGACAUUGCAUCCUUUCACUGGAGAGGUUAAACUACCUACACUGGAUAUCAAAUGGAAUUGCACGUGCAUGCGUUUCCCAAUAACUAAUGACUCGUUUCUAUAUGCUGGAUGACACUGCUUGUACAGAGUAACGUACUGUAUGAUGUAUUUAUACUGUGAAUUGGGGUCAGUGCUUACUCAUCUUAUUUCUUUUAUGGCACAAUUUAAGUGAUCGUAGACACAAGGGCAACUCGACUAUAUGGAAUGCUGCUUCCUAUGUUUUACUGUUACAGAAAACCAUCAGCAUUUUUGUUGUACUGUACAGGUUGGAUGGCAAUAUGUCCAAUCAGAGCCAGAGUCCAGAAGGGCUCAAGUGCUUGAAAAGGGCAAGUCACUUUUCUUUUGUACGUGUAAUGUUUGUUCUUUUUCAGGUCUUAAUGUCUUGCAACCAAAGCAAUAUGUGGAAAAAGAAAUGGCUGAAUAAAAACCUAUCUAAUAGGAGUCUUCUUUUGUCAUGUCUUUUCAAGACAAGAAUGUAACAAAGUAUGUCUGCCAAAGGUCAGGAUGCAAUACGAUUGUGCUUUGUCGGCUAUGCACCAUUUCAAUUUAAUUUCCGACUAAGCCGCGCUGUGCAGCAACGCGUUUACAUUUGCCUUUUAAAAAGGUGCAUUGCCAACGGCGCCAGAUCUGAUUAAAUCCUGGCCUAAACCUUAGCAUUCAGUAUCUUUUUUAAGGGGUGGAUCAGCUUACUAUUGCAGAGAGAUUGUUGCUUCCAUCAAUGUAAUUGUCUGCAUUUCCAAUCCCCCAUAUUUUUGGUAAAUAUAUAUACAUUUUUAAGAAUAUACUUUAUUUCCCCCUGCAAACAGCACCAUCAAUCCCCCAAUUGGAGUAAACUAAUAAACCUUCAGUUUAUACAUCUUAUACACGUUUUUAGUUUUUCCUCUUUCUGAUGUCCAUCCAGUUCUAUUUAACUGUGCUAUUUUUUUAUUCUAGGUCGAACCAGCGACCUUUUGGUUACUGACUCAACCGCUAGGCUACCUGCAGCCCUAAGAAAUUGACAAAAUUUUGAUUUGUCACUGGCCUACACACACACAAUACCCCAUAACGAAAGCGGAAUUGUUUAAAAAAAAAAAAAUUCUAAUGAAUGAAAAACAAAUGUAUUGAGUCAAUUAUUCGCAAGCCUAAAUAAGUAGUAAAAAUGUGCUUAGCAAGUCACAAAUUGGAUGGAAUCGCUGUGUGCAAUAAUACAUUAACAAUUUUUUUACUCAUUUAAAAAUCAAGUUAAACACUUAUUGCACACAGAGUGAGUCCAUGCAACUUGUUUAGCACAUUUUUAAUCCUGAAUUUGAGGCUUGCCAUAGCAAAAUGGUUGAAUACUUAUUGACAAGACAUUUCAGCUUAAAUGUUUUAUUAAUUUGUAGACAUCUCAAAAAAUAUAAUCCCUCUGACAUUAUGGGGUAUUGUCUGUAGAUCAGUGACGCAUCUAAAUGUAAUCCAUUUAAAUUGCAGGCUGUAACCCCACAAAAUGUGGAAAAAGUCCAGGGGUGUGAAUACUUUCAGAAGGUACUGUAUAUGACUCCAUAGUGCAUGUUCGCCCCAGAGUGUCAAAUGUUUUUAUGUGGGAAAGACCAAUGAUGUGUCCUACUCUGUCGUUAUGUCUUCUUUAUGUAAUGAAAGGGUGAACCCUUGUGGUUCAGACAGACCAGUCUUAAGAGACUCAGCAAUGCGAAGAGACUAGACAGACAUUUUGUAUUCUUGGGCGAUAAUAUCUGUCAAUGUGUUUUGACUGAAUCAAAUGACCUUAAACGAAUAAUAAACAAAUACCUCUGA